CUGAGAAAAUUUCGAAAAAAAAUUUCUCUUCCAGUGGGUAUAAAAGAUUUUAUGUCUGCUUAGGAAAUCACUUUUGUAAUUAACCGUUCCUGAGUUUCACGUUCCUCAAAACUUACUCAAAAGAUGAAAUCUCUUCUUGUAGUACUGCUGCUGGCAAUUGCUGCCCAGCAAGCAUAUUCACAAGCAUGCCAUAUGCGAGAAGUGGAUCUAUGCAUGGCCAUAGGUAUGUUCCAUUACCAAAGCAAUGGUGUCCCUGCUGACGAGGACAAAGUCAAUGAAUGGUGCGAAACAAUGAAAGAAGUGGAAGACUGUAUGGGUAACUAUUCUUCCAAGUGCUUAUCCCCCCUACAGAGGGAAGUCCUCGGUCUUUUCUCCGAUGGUGAUGCACCCGCCAGGUCAAUGUGCACUCCUGGAUCAGAAAUCAGAGCCCGUUAUUUGCAACACGCUGAAUGCUUGGCUGAGGGAGCAGAAAGUGAUGAAUUUAAAACACACAUGAGAGAUCUCCAAGUUGCCAUUGAAACCCUCUUUGAUGUCCAAUUUAAGCAGAGAUUCCCUCUAAUGUGCUGUGGUUUCCGACGAUUUUACGAAAGCAUUGAUGGCAUGACAGGCAGACGUUGCGGUGACGGUGCUGUAGAGAUGACUCGCAAUAUCAUGAGUAUGAUCAUCUCUGACCUCCCCGAGACCCUGUGCAAGCGAUAUGAACCUCAAAGCCAAGAAUGUAAGGCCGUUCUCCCACCCUCUGGUACCCCCUCAAAGGGAGAAGACAACAAGUCACAGCUGGGAAAACUUCUUGACACCGUAUUUGGUAACCUUUAAAUUAUCUGUGAUCUUCCACUAGCCGUUUGUGAUUAGUAGUCGCAAGCAUUCCAGUUCAAAGAACAUCAAUACACGAUUGAAGGGCAUUGUAAUCCAACUACAAAAAUGUUCUUUUUAAUGUCAUAUGUCAAAAAUCACAAAAUGCAUGAUGACUGAAUUUCAUCGGCCAUUCAUAAUUUCAGUGUAAAUACGUGCAUGUACCAUUUACAAACUACGAUGUUUUGUACCUCUUUUUUUUUUUACAGAAAUAAAAAGAAAAUUUAAAAAAA